UGUGUUUUGAUGGUUUGGUUUUUUUGGGUCGUUGGUUUGUCCAUUAUCCUUAAUUAAAAUCGUGAAAAUUAAUAAUAAGUAAAUUGUGCGGCCAGCAAAAACAAGGAGCGUCAAGCUAAUCGACACGGAAAACAGCAGCUCCAAAUAUAUAUAUAUUAUUUAAGCGCGUAAUUACCAAUUGUUAUCGUUGUUGUGGUUGUUGCUGUUGCCGUGUUGAGUAGGAGCAGUGGAGUGGGAGCAAAGGUAGCCGGCGUUUAAAGUGUAUAUUUGUAUUUACUUUGGCUGCGCCGAGCCGCCCUUCCCCUCACCAACCCCUCUCUUUCAAUGUCGUCCACCGAGGUGAAAUUGUCGCGUCUUCUGGGACUAGCGCAAAAAUUUAAUAAUUUCUAUUUGACAGGCUUUCAUAAGGGCGACAUACGUCCAUUCUUGGUUGAGGGACAGCAAGUUGGCCUCAUUAAAUCGGAUGUGUUCAAGCAGCUGCUCAAGUAUCCGGAAGUGUUUUGCAUACGUGACUGUGAAUAUACCAAGCAGGGGCUUGUGGAGCUGAAUCCGGCAUUUCGUGAUUACAAUGAGCGCACCGCACAAUUGGAGAAAGUAUUACGUGAUCUUCGCAGCGAUGGUCUGUUCUCGGCUCUGCAGGGCUGGCGGGAUGAGUGCUUUGAGGUGAAGUCCGAGCACAAGGCAUUGCUGAAGAUGGAACGGGCGGCGACACCACUGUUCGGGGUGCGCAAAUAUGGCGUCGAUAUCAAUGGGUAUGUGAGGCAUCCGAAGCAUGGCUUGUGCAUUUGGCUGCAGCAGCGAUCCAACACCAAAGAGACGUGGCCGGGCAAAUGGGAUAAUAUGGUUGGUGGUGGCCUAUCCGUUGGAUAUGGCAUCAUGGAGACGGCCAUUAAGGAGGCCGGCGAGGAGGCAUCCAUUCCAUGUGAUCUCGUCAAGAAUUUGGUUUCAGCCGGCUGUGUCUCGUUCUUUUUUGAGAGCGACCAGGGUCUAUUCCCCAAUACUGAAUAUGUCUUUGAUUUGGAGCUGCCAGUCGACUUUGUGCCACACAAUGCCGAUGGCGAGGUGCAAGCCUUCGAACUGCUGCCAGCCAAUGAGUGUAUGGAGCGUGUGUUCACGCCCGACUUCAAGACGACCUCAGCGCCAGUGGUUAUUGAUUUCUUGAUACGACACGGUUACAUCACAGCCGAGAAUGAGCUAAACUUCACGCAGAUUGUGGAAUUGUUGCAUGUGCCGUUGCAGUCGUUGUACACGUACAAAACUCGCCUGGAGCAGAAGCUACAGCAGCAUCAAGCGACACUGCCCAAUGAUGAUAGCAAUUGCAAUUGUGCCAGCUUGCCAAAGAGACCGCUGGAGAACGGGCACAACAACAAGAAGGAGUCGACUUAGGAGUCAAAUCACCAAUAACCAACAUGGACAACGAAAUUACGGAAGAAGAGUAUCAUGUGGCAUCAAAAUCGACAACAACCAUUGCAUUGAGAAGCUUCGGACUAGUUUGAGAGACUGCUUUUGUAGUGGGAUUUGUGAAAUCCAGAAAAACAACAGCCAAUAAUAUAUAUACAAAUACAUAAUAAUAAUAAUAAUAAUAUAAAAUGCAAAAAAGAAUAAGAAGAAAGUAUAAGCUGAAAAAAAACCAAUCAACCAACCAAACGAAACGAGAAAAGUAUAACCUAUUAAACUAAAUUAUUAAUUAAUAUAAAUGCAAAGAAGUAAAAGGAACACUUAAUGUUAAAUUUUAUGUUUUAUCGAUGUGUGCAAGUCAAGCAAAAGUGUAUGUGCUGUUUAUACAUUUAUAUUGGUAUACACAUGCUUAUAUGCGUUACAUAUAUAUAUUUAUAAAAAUUAUUUACAAUAUUUAUUAUAUAUACGUAGCACAUGCAUCAUAAGCAUAAGCUAAAUAUACAUACUUUAUAUAUACACAUAUACGUACAACAACCUACUAUGUAUUUGACGAAAAUGCCCGCAUCUAACUUUAGUAGUUUUGUGCUUUGAUAUUCCAAUCAUGUAAUAAUUGCAAACGACAAACGACGCCACAUUCUUAGAAUUUUUGUGAAAAAUUAUAAGCUAUAUAGAAAACAAACGGACAAGUUAUAUAAACAUAUAUAUAUAUAUAUGCCUAUAUAACACCAUUUAUAUACGAUAGUUAAAAUAUAAAUUAUUUGUAACGAGAUAUUAAAAUGACAUUUACUAUUACAUAUGUGUGUGUGUACCAAAGUGCUCAAACUUAAGCAAAAAUGUAAUAUUAAUUAGUUUUCUGUUGAAUUUGUAAAACUUUUUUAACUUAAUAAAAUGAAAUACUU